GCGGGUCAAGAGAUAUCUAUUAUUUCUUAUAGCAACGACAACGCAAGUGGCGGAAACUGUCUAAUAUAGUUAUGUAACUGGAAAUGGUAUUACUGUGCAAGAAAGGGGUCAGCAAGGAGAAUCCGAAUCGGUGGGCGGAUUCUUUUCUUAUACUUGAUUUGAUAAGCAUGUGCAAUACUCGAUCACAUAUACGGCGGACGAGUACGGCUUUCAUCAUCAAGGCGCUCACUCGCCAUCGAAGCCAGAGGAGAGAAUGGGGGACAGCGGUAGUGGAGGAUAUUCACAUGGAGGGAACAGCGGAAGUGGUCAUGGAUCUUGAAUGCAAUAAAGAUCACAGUGGACAUGGAUCAGAAAGUGCGUAUCAGGGACCGAAUUCGUACCAAAGCGGAAGUUCAAGCGGUGGCUACCAAUAUUAUAGACAGUGGAUUAACGAGGAUCAUUUACGUGCACAG